AUGAAACUAACCAAAAUGGCCGCUUCUUGAUUGAUUUUGUUUCUUGCUUCUUUAGUGUAGAAAACGAUGGAUUAUGAAUUUAAACUUAAACUAAAUGAACUAAGAGAACGCGUAGAAGAUAUAUUUGAAUUUGAUGGCUGUAAAGUCGGUCGAGGAACGUAUGGACAUGUUUACAAAGCGAAGCACAAGGACAGUGCGAACGGCAAUGGCAGGGAAUAUGCUCUUAAGCAGAUUGAAGGCACCGGAAUAUCGAUGUCAGCUUGUAGAGAAAUCGCGCUUCUGAGAGAGUUGAAACAUCCUAAUGUGAUAUCACUGCAAAGAGUGUUUUUAUCACACGCUGACAGAAAAGUCUGGCUGUUAUUUGAUUUUGCUGAGCAUGAUUUAUGGCAUAUAAUCAAGUUCCAUAGAGCAUCCAAGGCACAGAAAAAGACUGUCCCUGUACCUAAGAGUAUAUUCAAAACUCUUCUUUAUCAAAUCCUUGAUGGAAUACAUUAUCUACAUGCUAACUGGGUUUUACACAGAGAUCUAAAACCAGCAAAUAUUCUUGUAAUGGGAGAAGGAGCAGAGAGAGGCAGAGUAAAGAUUGCUGACAUGGGGUUUGCACGACUGUUCAACUCACCUCUAAAACCGUUAGCUGAUCUUGAUCCUGUGGURGUUACAUUCUGGUACAGAGCUCCAGAACUUCUAUUAGGUGCUAGACAUUACACAAAGGCUAUAGAUAUAUGGGCCAUUGGAUGUAUUUUUGCUGAACUCCUUACAUGUGAACCUAUUUUCCAUUGUCGACAAGAGGACAUUAAAACCAGUAACCCAUAUCAUCACGACCAGUUGGAUAGAAUAUUUAGUGUCAUGGGAUAUCCACAAGAAAAGGAUUGGGAAGAUAUAAGAAAGAUGCCUGAACACGGAACACUCCUCAAAGACUUCAGAAAAUCAAAUUAUGCUACUGCAAGCCUUUGGAAGUACAUGGAAAAGCAUAAAGUGAAGCAAGAUAGUAAAGCAUUUCAAUUGUUAUCAAAGUUACUAGUGAUGGACCCAAAUAAAAGAAUAACAUCAGAACAAGCAUUACAAGAUCCUUACUUUAAAGAAGAACCUCUACCGACACAAGAUUGUUUUCUAGGAGGUCCAAUACCAUAUCCCAAGAGAGAGUUCCUUAAUGAUGAUGAUAAUGACAGUAAAUCAAGUGCAUCCAAAACAAACCAAGGAUGUAAGCAGGACAACUCCAACGGUCAGCCAAACUCCAAACGUAUGCGUGGACUGUCAGCCCUUCAACCUGACCAAUUUCAGAAACAACAYCAAAAGCAACAGCAGCAGCAACAACAACAGCAACAGCAGCAACAGUCAUUUAACUUCCAAAACCAGAACAACCAACAACAGCAACAACAACAGCUUCAGUUUAUGUUCAAUAAUGGUGGUACUGCACAYAGCUUUGGCAACCAACAAGGACGCUUUCAGUGAUAAAACCUGUCAAUAACUGUUAUCAUAUAAUAUUAUUUAUUGUAAAUAUGGAAAAUUAUAUUGAAGGAAAUGUGUAAAUUACAAGACUGAACUGCGCAUUCUCUCUUCGUCUUGUGAGUAUGUCCCACAUUGUUCGAUAAUGACUGAUAUUUUUUUUAUUCUACUAAUCAAUAUUGAUAUGAAUAAACUUCUCUCUGGUAAUAUUA